GAUGAUUUGAUCGAGUUGGGAUCUCCAUCUCACCAUGUGCAGUGGGAGGAGAUCCGGACUCGAUUUGAGUGACGAUCUCAGGUGGGAAUUGGGAUCUCCAUCUCACCAUACCGUUGAUGUUCAGCUGAGCUGUUGAGACUUGAGAGCCUGAGCCUGACAAAGGUGUAUGCCAAUGCCAUUUCUGCAAACAAGAGGGGCAUAUAAUAAAUCGGUCAAACAUAUUUGAAGCUUGGACUAGCCGUAGUCGUCGUGGUUGGCGAUUCAGAUUCAGAUCUAUUCGCCUCAGAGAGGUAGAGAGUGAGAGAAAGAUCGAAAAGGAGAAACCAUGGCGAUUGUCUCUCCUCUCGCCAAAUACAAGCUCGUUUUCUUAGGAGAUCAGUCCGUUGGGAAAACUAGUAUAAUCACCCGUUUCAUGUACGACAAAUUUGACACUACAUACCAGGCUACAAUUGGUAUCGACUUUCUGUCAAAGACGAUGUACCUUGAAGAUAGAACAGUUCGUUUGCAGCUUUGGGAUACCGCAGGACAGGAGAGGUUUAGGAGUCUCAUACCAAGCUACAUCAGGGAUUCUUCUGUUGCAGUAGUUGUCUAUGAUGUAGCUAAUCGACAAUCAUUUCUGAAUACUUCCAAGUGGAUUGAAGAAGUACGGACAGAACGAGGCAGUGAUGUCAUCAUUGUCCUUGUUGGGAACAAAACUGAUCUUGUUGACAAAAGGCAAGUUUCAAUAGAGGAGGGAGAUGCCAAGUCCCGUGACUUUGGUGUUAUGUUCAUAGAAACCAGCGCUAAAGCAGGGUUCAAUAUUAAGCCACUAUUCCGUAAAAUUGCGGCUGCCUUGCCAGGGAUGGAAACCCUCUCCUCAACAAAACAGGAAGAUAUGGUUGAUGUGAACCUCAAGCCUACUGUGAAUUCAUCCCAAUCAGAGCAGCAGGGAGGAGGCUGUUCAUGCUAGAGUUGCAUAACAUGGAAUGACAAAUGUAGCUUUCACAGAAGACCAUAUUGGGAAGCUGGAAGGAAGAGUAAAUUUUGAGAUUGGCUGAUCUCAGAGUUAAAUGAGAUUCUAGCAGAUUGGAUGCUCUGGAAAAGUGGUUGGUCAAUUUAAGAAAAGGUUGUUGAUGUUCUUUACAAUAGCUGAAAUUAUCAUUGGUGCCGCAAUUGAAGUUAGUUCAGUUAUUAACACAUGCACAUAUAUCAGUGAUACAUAAAUUUUUGAAGUUGUAUGAAUAGAGCGGCCUUUUUAUUUGUUCUUUCAGUUUUCAA